CUAGCGUUACUAGCUCACAGAAGCAAAGACACAAGUAUCCACACUACGCAUCCACGCGACGCAAGAAGAAGUAUUUGGAAGAGUUAGCUACCGGCAGACAAGAUGCAGACGGCGAAGGUGAAGGCGAAGGACAUGGUGAGCUCGGCAAAGGAGAAGGUGAAGGAGGGGGCAGCGGACGUGCAGGGCAAGACGGGCAAGGCAGCGUCGAGCACGCACGGCGAGAAGGAGAUGGCCAAGGAGGAGGAGCGGGCACACAAGGCCCAGGCCAAAGCUCAGAAGCACCAGGAGAAGGCCGAGCACCGCACAGACGCCGCCCCAGGACGGCACGGCACGCGCGUGCCCACCACGGCCGGGACGCACGGCCACCACGGCCCCAUCGGCGCGCCGGUCGACCCCGCGUAUCCGGGCACCGGCACGUACCCGGCGGCGGAGAAGUAUAUCUAGAAGUGUGUAUGGAAGGGGGUAUGAGGAGCUAGCACCAGUGUUCCUUCAGUCAGUGUUUCUUUAGUUUGUAGACUGUAGCUACUAGCUAGUGAUCCUGCCCCGUCGGUCGGAGUGUGCGCAUGCGUGUGCAGGAAUAAAAGUACUGUCAGUUGUAAAAUGAAUCUUGAUGUGUAGUGGUUUCAUGAACUUUUAUCCA